CUUCCCUUCCGCGCACGAACCAGUCUUACUUUGCUAAACCAUUUUUGAGCUUUGGUGUAUUACUGUCAAGCAGUAUAAAAAGAUGUCGUCUCAAGCAGAUGUUUCAACAAUGAAUCGUUCCAUUCACGAAGUCACCCCAGUCGCACUCUCGCCAGCCAGCUCAGGGAGACUCCUGAUCAUUCCCUGCGAUGGCACUUGGGCCGAUCGAUGCUCUUCCUCCAAAGGCACUGUCGUCCAAGAGCUAAUGUAUUUAAUUGCCGACCAAGAGGGCCAGAGGAAAGUCAUCUUUUACCUUGAUGGACUCGGCACCAGAUCCAGUUGGCUCGGCAAGAUGCUUAGAGGUGCAACAGGACUCGGGCUUGCGCGCAAUGUGAUAUCCGCUUACAACAAUCUCGUCGAUAAUUAUCGUGUGGGAGACAAGAUUGUUCUUAUCGGGUAUUCUCGAGGUUCCUACACAGCCAGAGCUCUCGCCGGCCUCCUCGCACGAAUCGGGAUCCCACGUAAUGUGAAUCAGAAAAGCCUCAAGAAGCUUUACAAGAUGUAUUUCAAGCAAGAAUUGAAGCAACCCGGAGUUGCAGAGCGAGUGAUGAACGAGUAUAAUUGCCACCGAAAUGUUCAGAUAGAAGCCCUAUGCUGCUUCGAUACGGUGGGGGCUUUGGGGGUUCCCCUGUUCGGCCCCGCCCGCAUCUUGCAGAUCUUCCGUAGCAAACAUCAAUUUCAUGACACGGAUGUCACUCCAGAGGUCAAAGUCAAUCUGCACGCAUGUGCGACAAACGAAAUCCGCGAACCGUUUGAACUAACACCCAUGCAUCUCCCCAACGGCAGCAAUAACAAACUCCACCAGGUCUGGUUUCCAGGAACCCACGGAGACAUCGGAUGGGAAACCAAGACGGGACUCUCUGAGGCGCCUCUGGCAUGGAUGAUCCAACAACUGCACACACUGGUCGGGAUCCAAUUCGACGCGUGCGCACUCCAGGCCCGCUUCCCAGCCUAUGGCGCACAAGCCGGCAAAAUCGCCGCCCCAGCCUGGCUGAAGAGUCAAACACACAAGCCUUCCCGCGCAGUCCUCCCAUUUACGGGUCGCAAGGCUCGUGUUCCUGGUGCAUAUGAUCGGCCGGGAAUGGCGACGAAUGAGCGCAUUCAUAUUUCCGCUCGCCUGCGCAGUGGCAGCCUCCCGCUCGAGAAAGCCGUCCCUGGAUACCGAGUACACCUCGACUCGGAUGGCACUUAUUAUUGGAUAAGGAAGCCAACGUCGGGGUUUUGGAAGUUGGGGUCGACGCCUGCGUUGCCGUCUGCAACCCAGACGAGGAUUUACGAGGCAACACUUGGUGACCUUGAGGCAGCUCUUCUUGGGCUUACUUGCAGAUGAGGACCAAGAUGGGCAAGAAGAAAG